AUGAAGAUUAUCAGCAUCUGGGUCAAGGCUGCCGCAGCUGCGGCUGUCACUGAGAUCGUGUUCGCGAGGCCAGAACCUCCUCACAGCCACAAAUGUUGCCAUGCUCUGGCAUCAAAUCCUGCACUAAAGGGCAGAGUUGUCUACCCCAACUCAACAAUUUAUGAAGACCGUAUCGACUCGAUCUGGUCAUUGGACGCAGCUCUCACACCCUGGUGUAUCGUCUUACCAACAUCGACAGAGGAGACUGCGGCCGUCAUACAGAUUAUUGAUAGCGUUGGGUGCCCGUUUGGCAUCCGCAGUGGGGGUCACGGCACAUUUGCCAACUCCAACAACGUCAACGAUGGUGUGACAAUCGAUUUUGGUUACAUGAACUCUACUACAUAUGACCCAAAAACCAACAUCGCCUCCCUUCAACCAGGUGGCCGCUGGGGAUCGGUUUACAAGACACUAGAGCCAUAUGGUGUGGCUGUCGCGGGCGGGCGACAAAACCCCGUCGGCGUAGCUGGCUUCCUGUUGGGCGGCGGCAACUCCUACUACAAUAAUGCGUACGGAUGGGGCUGUGACUCGGUCGAAAAUUUCGAGGUUGUUCUCGCCAGCGGACAGGUCGUGAACGCCAACGCAGAAGAGAACCGCGACCUGUGGAUCGCGCUCAAGGGAGGGACCGGCAACUUUGGCCUUGUAACACGUUUCGACAUGAGGGUCAUCCCCUACGCUAAUACGUCCGACCCCGUCUUCUGGUGCGGCACACUCUCCUGGGGUAAGAACGUGUCGGACAACGUGAUUGAAGUUCUGAGCGAGUUCGCGGACAAUGUCCCGAACGACCCCAGCAGCACCACGCACGCGUUGAUCGUGUAUACGUCUGACGGUACUUGGUCGAUUGUCUUCCCGCUCAUCAAUAUCGAUAACAAGGAGUGGGAACCAGCUUUCGAUGGCUUGAAGUCCGUACCCUAUCGUCUUAAAUCGACGAUGCGGCAUGAUACAAUGUGGAGCAUUGCACAGGAGGCCUCUGGGCCGGGAGGAGCCCAUAAUUUCAACAUUGUUUGCGCUGUCAAGAACGAUCCCCAACUACUGAAAUACAUCUUCGCACGUCAUGAGGAACUUGUGAAGCGAGUCAACGAAACCAUCCCGCCGGAGACAGUCUGGUACAGUCUGCUACAACUUCAACCCAUUACGGUGCCCAUGGUGGCGGCUGGUCAAGGGCUCAACUCCCUAGGCCUUGAGAACGAUAUAGCUGCCUCGGGCGGGGGCCCUGGCAUAAUGAGUAGCAUCACCAUGCAGAUAGAUAAUCCAGAGCUGGAAGCCACAAUGUAUGCGCUCGCCCUUGAGUGCCAGAAAGAUAUUGAACAGUACGCCAGAUCGUUGGGUAACGGGCUAUGGGAGUGGAGGUACCUAAACUACGCCGAUCUAACGUAUGAUCCGCUUGCGAGUUAUGGAGAAGAAUCUGUCAAGAGACUACGCCAAGUGUCUCAUCAGUAUGAUCCGGAGGGUGUAUUUCAACAUUUGCGCAAGUCUGGAUUCAAAAUCCCUGAGUAG